CUCGAAUACUGUACACCUGCUGUAUUGCUGAGCAGGGAGGUCGCUAGAGGAUCCGCGAAAGGGGAGGAUUCACGAUUUAUGCGGUCCUCUCAACCCCAUCUGAAUAUACCAGCAAUGGUAUUAUCCUAUUUGAAAUUAUUUAUUUAUAAAGCGGCCUAUUAUAACUAAACAAAGAUAAAGAACUUCUUGUUUAUAAUGCUUCGUAUAAGGAAAGCAUCUACCCAAAAACAUCAAUCUGGACAACGUUCUCAACAAACGUAGGAUGAUCCGCGAACGAAUGGCUGCUAACAUAGCUAAUUUCAAUGAAGACUGCUGCAUUUUUUCGGAAAAAAAAUUAUUACUACCGACAAUCAUUGUCGUUUGACUACUUGCAAAGGACUCAAUGUGGAUUUGCACUAGGUUAUGAAAAUGAGGUUGUAAACCGCCGUCGCAGGUUCUGAAGCUUUUGGAGGAUUGUGAAAGAGGACUGUUGUAUUGUGUAAAAAGCAAAUCAGUGUCGAUGAAUAGCACCACAAGGAAUGAUAUGAAAUUUAAGACACCCUGGGGAUACGGCUUCUGCUAAGACUAUUUCCAGAAAUCUCAAUCAAAACUGAUUGACGACAUCCUAUUGUUUUUUUCCGAAUCAUCAAAGAACGCUUCUGACGACAGGGGUUACCCCAGCUCGUUGAAGAUACAGUCAGAUCACCGCAACACGUUUACUCACGAAUAUACAGCAAUGUCUCUCCACAGAAGCAUCGAACUGGAGCACUUCGAGGAACGGGACAAGGCGCAUCGCUCUACUCGAGCCGCGGGCUCGAGCUCGCAGUCUGGGUCCAGGGCAAAUAGUCUGGUUCCCAGCCCAGCUCAUAGCGCCAAUUGUAGUUUAUAUCGCACCCGCACAUUGCAGGCGCUAAGUUCCGAGAAGAAAGCCAAGAAAGUUAGAUUUUACCGAAAUGGAGACAAAUAUUUCAAGGGUUUGGUGUAUGCGGUUUCCAACGACCGCUUCCGGUCCUUCGACGCUCUGCUGAUGGAACUGACCAGGUCACUGUCGGACAACAUGAACCUGCCCCAAGGAGUGCGAAGCAUAUAUUCUUUGGAUGGAACAAGGAAGAUUUUAAGCCUGGAAGAGUUAGUAGAAGGGGAGAGCUACGUCUGCGCCUCGAACGAGCCCUUCCGCAAGGUGGACUACACCAAGAACGUGAACCCCAACUGGGGCGUGAACGUGCGGGUGGCGGCGGCGGCGGCGGCGGCUGCGGCGACGGCGGCGGCCUCGGGGGCCUCGGGGGGCAUGGCCAUGCGCUCGCACUCCGCCCUGUCCCAGAGGAGCGAGUCGCGGGAGAGCAAGGACUUCAUCAAGCCCAAGCUGGUGACGGUGAUCCGCAGCGGCGUGAAGCCGCGCAAGGCCGUGCGCAUCCUGCUCAACAAGAAGACCGCCCACUCCUUCGAGCAGGUGCUCACCGACAUCACCGACGCCAUCAAGCUGGACUCCGGCGCGGUGAAACGCCUCUACACGCUGGACGGGAAGCAGAUCACCUGCCUGCAGGACUUCUUCGGAGACGAUGACGUGUUUGUGGCGUGCGGCCCGGAGAAGUACCGCUACGCCCAGGACGACUUCGUGCUGGACCACAGCCGCAAGGCGUCCGCGACCUUCGUCAACGAGUGCCGGGUGAUGAAGUCCUCCAGCCCUCGCCCCGCCCCAGCAGCGCGGCCCUCGGGAUCCAGAAGCCCCGGGUCCUCACGCCGCAUCAAAUCCCCAGGAACAGCGAGAAGAGCCGGACAGUAUUCUUCUGGCUACUCCCCAGUCAGAUCCCCAGCCAAUGGGACUCCUGGAAGCCAGAUCUCUACGCCCAAGUCCACAAAGUCCUCCGGCUCCUCUCCCACGAGCCCGGGGAGCAUGCGCAGCCUCAAGAUUUCGGCUCUUCACGGGUCUGCCUCCAACGUGAAUGGGGCCGUGGACCAGAUGGCUGACCUGGGUCUUGAGACAGUUAACGGGAACAGGUGCCUGCUAGCCUCGGCCAUCCUGGACAAAUACAAGGUGGGCAAGGUCAUUGGAGACGGGAACUUUGCUGUUGUAAAGGAAUGCGUUGAGAGGUCCACGGGAAAGGAGUUUGCUCUGAAGAUCAUAGACAAGGCCAAGUGCAGCGGGAAGGAGCACCUGAUCGCAAACGAGGUGGCCGUCCUGCGCAGGGUCAAACACCCAAACAUCAUCAUGCUGAUCGAGGAGGUGGACACGCCCACUGAGCUCUAUCUGGUCAUGGAGCUGGUCAAGGGUGGGGACCUGUUUGAUGCCAUCACCUCCUCGACCAAGUACACCGAGCGGGACGCCAGUGCCAUGGUGUUUAACUUGGCCGGUGCCCUCAAAUACCUGCACCAAAUGAGCAUCGUCCAUCGGGAUAUUAAACCCGAGAACCUGCUGGUGUGUGAGUACCCUGACGGCACCAAGUCCCUGAAGCUGGGGGACUUUGGACUGGCCACCGUGGUGGAGGGCCCGCUGUACACUGUGUGCGGGACGCCCACCUACGUGGCCCCCGAGAUCAUCGCCGAAACAGGAUACGGGCUGAAAGUGGACAUCUGGGCCGCUGGGGUCAUCACCUACAUCCUGCUCUGCGGCUUUCCUCCGUUCCGCAGUGAGAAGAACGUUCAGGAGGAUCUGUUCGACCAGAUCCUGGUGGGACGGCUGGACUUUCCCGCCCCCUACUGGGACAACAUCACAGACUCCGCCAAAGAGCUGAUUGGCCGGAUGCUGCAGGUGAACGUGGAGGCUCGCUACACAGCAGAGGAUGUCCUCUCUCACCCCUGGGUCACUGAUGAUGCUGAGAUGGAGAAUAUUCUGAAGGUUGAGAUGACAGGUAAACUGAAGCAGCACUUUAACUCCACACCAAAGCAGAAUAACGCCUCGGCAGGAGUGUGCGUCCUCAUGAACACAGCUCUAGAUAAGGAGAACCACGCCCUGCUGGCCAGACGCUGCCGGGAAGCCCGCGCCGAGAGGGGCAGCAGGAUGGCCCAGUCACCGCCCCCGAAGGACCCCGAGCCUCCUGGCCCCGCCCCUGUCCCCGUCCCCGCCCUCGCCGAUGGCCGUCCCGCCUCUCCCCCAUCGACCGCCCCUUCCGUCGCCCCGGGCAACGCGCCGUGUGAGGAGGGAGGGGCCAGCCAGCCCUGAGAUUUGGGGAGGGUGGGGUUGGGGGCAGCGUGGCGUCCGGUCCCCAGGCCUGCUAACUGCAUGUAGGGGCGGAGCUCUGCCCCUCUGGCUCUGCCACGCCCGUCACCAGCAGCCUUGGCAUGGCCCUUUUAUGCCGUCCCCUGUCUUCAUUCAUCCCAGCAGUAGGGGGCAGUGUUCUUAUUCAAGUUGAGUUUACUGUUCAGAUGUGUAUGCAGUAUAUACUCCUGAGCUCCAGAGAGGACUGAGUAAGACUUGAGAGUUGUAUCAUUUUUGGUGAUUGUUCUUUUUUUUCAUUUAUAUAUAAUUCUGUGUAUCCCCUCCUAGACAUUGUGGUUGCUCGGAACAAACACAAAUACACACACACACACACACACACACAGAACAUGAAUAAAUGUGUACACGUAUUUAUACUGCGCGACUAAAGGUACAAUUCUGUAGGUGCAAAUAGUUGAGAGAUUAUUUUUUACCAGGGGGCACGCUCGCAAUGAAAACCCCUGAAGGUCCUGGUCAACAAUUUUAUUUGACCAGCGCAAAGAUGAUAUAAUGCAGUUUGCCUUCAGUUGGUAUGGGAAGAUGAGUGUGAUCCAUUCUGAGGACAUUUGUCACUUUUUGACAGCAACAUUACCUCAGCCUUUUCAAGACCACUGGAAAUGUGUGAACACCUCAUUGAGAGUAGGUUACACAGAAGGACUUCAAUUCCGAAAAUAAUCAGUGUAUUUGUGCAAGAAGCAUUUUGUUUUUUGUGACUGUAUUUUUAUUUCUUUUUUUUCCAUUGACAAUGCUGAGAAAACAGGCUUCUUGGUUUCAACAGUGGCUCAAUGCACAGCCAUCUUGAAUGGACAACAGCUUAAUACUGCAUUUGCCUUUUAAAGUUAGACUGAACCACAGAUAAAAGACAAGCCAAGCUUCCCAAGCUCACUGCUACUGUGUUUUUGUUCAUACUGUAGGCAAGGUAGUCAGACUCAUAAUCACCCGUCAGUGUAAUUUCAUCCUAGUGGUCAACAGGUUAACAGAGGGGUGCAAAGAGUUGGCCAAAUUCAGUGUUUGCAAAGUUGACAUUUUUGGAAAGCAUCGCGGUUCCUGCAGUGACAUAAUCAUAUCGAGUUUAUAUGUGUUUGGGACAAAAUGUACUGUGUCUCCCGUUGGUUUAAAUGUACUGUUUAUUUUGUAUAGUAACAAUAAAUUGGAACUGAAAUCAAUGCAAUAAAACCCUGUCCCUGA